GUUUACGACCCACCCGCCUCCCCCAGGUCCCUCUAUUGGCCAACACUGAAAUCAAUGAUGGAGGCUAUGAGACAACGGAAUGAGACAAUAUGGGAAGAUAGGUAUUGCAGAUUCUACAUGUUCUCUUGCAUAGCGCUAUCUCCAAAUCCAGUCAAAGAUAUCAAAGACGCAAAGACGUCCACAGCCCAGCGCAUCUGGCCUUCCCCAGUAGGAACCUCCCGCAAAACGGUGUAACCCCACGCUAGGCAAAAAGGGGAAGGCGUCCAGGAACACCCUGGAGAUCGGACACGCCCAGCUCCGCCCGCCUCGAACACUCCUCGACGACGAACGAACCACCUGCUGCCCACAGCGUGCGCUGUCGAUGGCUCCAGGUCCAAAGCCGUCUCUUCAACCUCCAGGGACACCGCCGACGCCGGUUUUUGCGAUUACCGGUCAACACGGCGAGCCCUCUUUUCACUUUGUUUGCGACGAUUUUGAUCUGGAUCAGCAACAACAACAGCCAGGUCGAAAUCAUCCAAACAACGAACCCGAGGCAACCGUCCGAUUAGAGCCGGAAGCCGCGCCCUUUUCGUCCCCGGUACAGCAUUACCUCGCGCCCUCCCCACGAAGCAGUCCUGCCGCCUUCCUCGAUCCCUACUCUCACCACCCGUCGCUACGGCCGCCGACGCCCGAUCAUCUCUUCAACAGCAUGUCGUCCGAUGGGGGCCUUGCCGCCAACGGCGGCGAUGCGCCUGCCAUGAAGAACCCCUUCAACUUCCAAACCCAGAUUAUCUCGUCUGGACCGGUCAAAUCUAACAUCGGCCAACGCCGCGGCCACAGAUACAAACACUCCUCCAUCUCGGCCACUCACCAAAUCUUCCAAGAACCACCCCCUCGACCGCCCCCCGUCCUCCCCGCCUCCCUCCCCAUCCCAACCCUCCGAGAAGCCUGGUCGAGCAUGCAGCGCGAUCAAAAAGCCAGGUUAUGGUGGUGCUCCCUCCACGCCCUCAUCGCCCUCUACGUCUUCCUCUCGGCCGAAGGCUCCCUGGCCAUGACAGCCCUCUCCCACCUAGUCUUCUUCGACGUCGGCUCCGCCGCAGUCUGCGUAGCAGUCGACGUCCUAGGCAACUUUGAAGUAUGGCGCCGCUCCUCGAUCCGGCACCCCUUCGGCCUCCAACGAGCCGAAGUCCUCGCCGGCUUCGCAAUGUCUGUCUUUCUCGUCUUUGGCGGAUUCGACCUGAUCUCGCACUCCAUGAAAGACGUCCUCGAAUCCGUCGGCCACCACGCCCCUCACCACCCCGUCUCAGCAACCGAUGACUCCUCCCAACCCGCCGGCGGUGGCCACAGUCACGGAGCACGAUACAUCACCCCCGGCACCCUCGACCUCGCCUCCUUCGCAGCCUUUGUUUCAACCCUCAUCUCUGCCUACGGCCUGCGAAACCACGGCCGGAUCCGCCGUGUCAUGCGCGUGCCGCUGCCGUACCUCUCCUCCCUCUUACCCGAAUCCACCAUCCUUUCUAACCCCUUCCACUUUCUCACCCUCUUCUUUUCAGGCAUCAUGCUUGUCCUGCCGCUAGUCUACAUCCCCCACAUCAUCUGGCUUGACCGUCUAAUCUGCGCGACGAUUUCCCUGUCUAUGUUUUUUCUCGGGGCUCGUCUAGCAGUAGGACAAGGGUUUAUGCUCCUCAUGUCGUACAACCACGUCGACAGCAAGAAACAAAAGGGAGACAGCAGCGAAGUCGCCAGCGUGAUCAAGGAGAUUGAGAGCGAGCCGCAGGUUCAGAGGGUGGAGGAGGCGCAGUUUUGGCAGGUGCACUAUGGGCUUGCGAUGGCGAAUCUGAAGGUCAAGGUUAAGGGGGGGGAGAUGAUGGGGGGAGGGCAGGGGCAGGAUGGGGCGGUCAGCCAGUUACGGCAGAGAUUGGGGAGGGUGGUGCAGAAUCGGUUGGGGGAGGGGUAUGGGAGGGGGGGGAGUUUGAGGUGGGAGGUUACUGUGCAGAUGAGUAGUGACUGA